AUGCUUGGUGUGAGUGAUCCUUUAUCCAAGUCAUCAAUGCCAAUAUUGUUUAGUGGUAAUUGUAGGUUGCUGAAGGUUUUAGAGUUGAGAAAUGCUUCUUUGGAGACAGUUCCAGAAGUUGUUUUCAAACUGUUUUGUCUUAGAUAUCUAAGCUUGAGGGGAACCAAUGUGAAAAUGCUUCCAAACUCUAUCGGCGACCUUGUAGAUCUUGAAACUUUGGAUCUGAAAGAGACGCAUGUUACUAAGUUGCCAGUUGAGAUACAGAAGCUCCGACGACUUCGUCAUCUCCUGGUGUAUAGGUACGCGACUUUUGAAGGAUUUAUUCCACCUUUUCACGGUACACAUGGCUUUGCAGUAUCGAAGGUAAUUGGAGAUUUGUCGUCGUUGCAAAAGCUUUGUUAUGUGGAUGCAAGUGGUGGUGAUGGUGGGAGUGCUAUAGGGAAGCUGACCCAACUAAGGAGAUUAGGGAUUGUAAAGUUGAGAAGGGAAGAUGGAAUGUCUCUGUGCUCCUCCAUUGAAAAGUUGAGCAACCUUCGUUCAUUAAUGGUGAUCUCGACAGGAGAGGACGAGAUCCUUGAUGUCCAAUCUUUGCCUUCGAAUUUGCCGCCUCAGUUUCUUCGAAAUUUAUAUUUGCAGGGAUGUUUAGAGAAGUUACCACAUUGGAUACCCUCUCUUGAUAACCUGGUGAGACUAGAUUUAAGAUGGAGCAAGCUAAGGGAUGAUCCACUGCAAUCCCUUCAAGAUUUGCCCAACCUGAUGAAUAUUGGACUUGAUCAGGCUUACCAAGGAGAAGAUUUGUGUUUCAAGGCUGGAGGGUUUCCGAUGCUUAAGAAAUUAAGUCUUACCCGAUUAAAAGGAUUGAGAAGGGUGACAAUGGAGGAGGGCGCAAUGCCUCAUCUUGAAAAACUUUAUAUUUUCGAUUGUCAAUUGGUUAAGGAGAUACCCUCGGGCAUUGAGCAUCUAACCAAACUUCAAAAGCUUGAUUUGUUUGAAAUGCCUAUGGAAUUGCUUAUGAAGCUAGAUAAAAGCAGAGGAGGUGCAGAUUACUGGAAAGUAGCUCAUAUCCCAUAUGUUCGAAUUCUUCACACUAAUUUUUUAAGACGAUCAUAG